AUGAUCUACUUCGAGCUAACUCUGUCAAAGACAACCAUCGCCAAGAAAACUCAAGACAUAAAUUUGGGAAUAUUAGAAGAGAUUGAGAAGGAUGGUGAGUAUCGCCGAGAAUACUUUGCUGAACAGUGGGAGAGGCAGAAGGCUAUACAGUCUCAGGUCAUUGGUGAUAAUGACCUUCGCGCUCUGGAGCUCCAAUUGCAACAGCUGAUUGAGUUUGAGGAAGAUUUGCGGGAACAUAAGGACAAGCUGGUUCGGCUCAGGCGGCGGAAGCGAACGGAUCGUACUGCAGAAGACCUACGCGAAUUGGCCAGUCUUCCGGGGAUGAUUGUUUAUCUCAAAGAGGAGAUCCAGGAGGUUGUGAGCGAGCUUGGUAGUGAGAGGUUCAGAAAUAUACCUCAGGCUAAAGCAUUAGAUCCCAAAGGAAAGGCUCUUAUACGCAUCCGGAUUGCCAAACAAAACCUCUACGAAGCUAAAGUCGGGGUUAUUGAGUUGAAACGGCGGUGGGACGAGCCUGGGCAGGCAACAUAUGAAAGUUUCGAUGAAUAA